AUGACUAUCUGCCCUCUCGAUACAUACGAACAAGCAUGGUUUAACUAUGUCCCAUCUCUGCCCGGUAAUGCUUUGUAUGAAGGCAUAUUCGCCCUCCUGCUCCUCACUCAACUUGGGCUCGGAUUUCGCUACAAGACAUGGGGAUUCUCGUUGGGGAUGGUGCUAGGCUUGAUACUCGAGGUGACUGGUUAUAUUGGGCGGAUCGAACUGCAUUACAAUCCCUUCAAAAAGAGCGGCUUUCUUGUCUAUCUCGUUCCCUUGACGAUGGGACCAGCGUUCCUCAGCGCAGCUAUCUAUCUCUGCCUCUCUCGCAUCGUUGUCCUGUACGGUACCCGUCUUUCCCGCUUCUCGCCUCGCACAUACACCAUAACGUUCAUAUCCUGCGAUAUAUUCUCCCUUGUUCUCCAAGCCAUUGGUGGAGGUAUGGCCUCGACGUCCAACUCGCAAAGUUCGCUUCAUACAGGAGAACACAUCAUGGUCGCCGGUCUCUCGUUCCAAGUUGCGUCUCUGCUCCUCUUCAUUGGUCUUUGCACCGAUUUCGCGUUCGCCGUUCGCCGAGCUGGUAUAUCCAAUUCAGCGAAUAAGAUCUACAACAUUUUCUUGUUCAAAGCGUUUCUGUUCGCGCUGGUGAUAGCGACGAUCGGGAUCUUUAUCAGAAGCGUGUUCCGUGUUGCGGAGCUGAGUAAAGGUUUCCACGGGCCAUUGGAUAAUCAAGAAGGCACGUAUAUGGUGCUUGAAGGGAUGAUGAUUAUAAUUGCCAGUCUUUCGUUGACGGUGUUUCAUCCUGGGUUGUGCUUCCAGGGACAAUGGCAUGCGGCGACGUUCAAGGUUAUGGGGAGGAAGAAGGAUGUCGGAGAUAAGGGUGCUGCCACCGGAUCGACUUCUGAAAUGGAUGUGAUGGGAAAGCGGGCUGCUGUUGCCGAGGCGGAGCAUUAG